AUGUCCCACCUCAGAGGUUACAUCACAUCGUAUCCGCCACGCGUGCGCCAGUAUGGAAACGCGUUAUUGACGCCUGUCUACCCUGUACAGACGGGGCCGACACCAAGGACGACAAAACGCGGUACAACGGCGAUCAAUUACGCGGAGGAUGGUUACGAUGAUGACGAUUUUGAUGACAGUGAUAAUCCUCGGCGGCCUACGGGGCUAAGAAGUCUUCGACGUGAAGAAUCUGCGGGUGGCACCUCGGUCGCAGAAAGAUUGGGCAAGGAAGCUCAUGCGCCUGUGGAAGUGCAGGGUGUGUUUCGUGAAUGGAUGAUUAAACGGAUGCUCCGACCUGCAUGCGCGGAGCAAUUACAGAUUCAAGCGCAGCUUCCCUUGACCUUGGUACCCAUUCGGAUCGAUGUCGAAGUCGCAGCACACCAACCCCUCGAGCCUUUUCCUUUCCCUCGUGGUGUGAAUGAGCAGAUCAUCAGUCCGGCUCUUCCUGCAUACCGGAGGCCAGAGCCGAUGCCACCAUUCCGAAUCAAGGACACCUUCCUGUGGAAUCUCCACGAGGCUCUGUCCACACCAGAAGAAUUCGCCGUAGGCUUUGUGCGCGAUCUUGAUCUUCCCAACCCCCAAGCAACAACAAUGACGAUCAGCAACCAGAUCCGUCAACAAUUAGAAGAAUAUGCGGGUGUCGCAUUGCAUCCUCUCUUUCAGAGCAGUCAUUCCAUCCCUGUGCCGAUUGCACCAUCCAGACGCGAAGGGUCCCGCGACACUCCAAUGACACCAGCUGCAAACGUCACCGACGCCAAUGGGUCUCGCGCUGAUGGAGCUACAGUGACCGCGACCAAAGAGGCUUUAGUGAACGACAGUCUCCUCAAUCCGGAUGAUGCCUACCGCUGCUUGAUCACUCUGAACAUCAAUCUGCAAAACAAGCUCUACACGGAUAAGUUCGAAUGGUCUUUGCUUCAUCCGCCUGGCUUUGCCGAGCAGUUUGCUCAGGUCACUUGCGCCGAUUUACAUCUGGGUGGAGAGUGGGUGAGCGCCAUCGCGCACGGAAUCUACGAAGCAGUCCUGAAACUCAAGAAGGAAGUGUGCGAGAGUGGUGGCCUUGUCAAUGGAUAUGGCAAUGAAAUCGACAACCAAGCUGCCAAUGGAGUGGAGGCUGGUUGGCGAUACGACCCGGAGACGCUGGGUGAUCAGUGGGAACCACAAGUGGAGGCAUUGUCCAAGGAGGAGAUUGAGAGACGCGAAGGUGAUCGCGAGCGAGAGAUUCGCCGCGUACGUCGUGAAACGGCGCGAUUCUCGUCUACCACAGGAAUCACCCCCGAGGUUUCGCGACAGAACAGCGGUGGCUAUUUCGAUAUCGACAGUGAGGCGCCUCUGGGCCGUGGUGAGAGGAAUAAGCGCAAACGUCGCUUCCGUAGUCUCAGUCCCACGAGUAGAGGCACACCUGGCGGCCGGGGCACUCCGGAGACAGGAUCUGGUGCUGGUUACGGCGGUGGAGGCGGCACGUUGACAGAUUGGGAACGACAAAGCUGGCGAUGCAGAAACUGCAUGGUAUGGGGUACAGCUGUAUGGGCAGUUCGGGAUGGACCAGAUGGGCCCCGUACUCUCUGCCACAACUGUGGUUUCCUUUACGAACGGGACAAGACCACUCCAGCAUGGUCAAGGGACCUUCAUCGCCACGAUGUUCCCGUUGGUCGUUUCACCUAG